AGACGUCUUCGAUCACAUUUUCCGGUAAGCUGACGAUGACUAAGUUGGACUUAGUUUCUUGUGAUUGAAUGUGUCUCAAGGCAAACUGAGCUUCCACAUGGGAGAACCAUGCAGAUGGUCUGUGGGCCCAGAAGGUGGGAAGCUCGAGGGUCACGGCCAUCUGCGCGGUCUAGUCGUUAUCAACGAUAACGAUAAGCCUAAAUGACGUUUGUGCACCCAUUUUAUCCUUCGUUUCAAUACUAUGUUCGGCUAUUGAGGAGCUCAUAUGUUUGUUGACAACAUCAUUUGAAUCAGAUAACUCUACUUGUUUCUGAAGCCACUUUGAAAUUUGUUUUAUGGCUCUUAUUUUCAAUGACCGAUAAGUCCUCUGUAUGUAUGUGUGACUACAGAACAUAUUCUAAUGUGGCUUUUGGAACAGGUAGAGUCGCCCGACUCAAUUGAUGCGUGUCACCCACUUUAUUGCUAUUCAUAAAAUGUCUUUUCUUUACGAAUGAUAUAGAUCCAUCUAAAUGUCAAAAGGCUAAUAGUCUUUUUAUAAGUAUGAAAUAAACGAGUUGAUAAUGAUAGUUUAUUUCGACUUUUUAUGAAAUCAGACAAACCUUUACUGGGUUUCCUACAUUAAUUUAGUAGUGAUGAACCAACCUAACAGUUUCAUCGGUUGUGGAUUCUUUCUUAUAUACAGCGGUCAGUGUCUCAGCAACUGAUCAUACCUAAUAGGUCGGUAAAAAUUAUUCCACUUUCUGAACUUCCCACGUUAGACAUUAAACUACCUCUUAAAUCCUAUUUAUUUCUGCAUAGUUUGUACUUAAAAUGUUUGUUACUGUUGUCACUUGUCAUUACAGUGUGAUUGUUGAUUUCCACACAACCACAAUGACUGAGCUCAAUAUAGGAGUUCAUUGUUCUCAAGAGGACUGCAAACAGUUGGAUUUCCUACCUAUUCAUUGCCAACUUUGUGAUCGCAUAUUUUGCAAAACGCACAGUUCUCUUACUGCGCACAACUGUCCUAUUUCAAACCCUGCCUAUCGAUAUCACCCUAUCAGUCAAAGUCAUUUUUCUGCUACUGUCAUUACCACUACUACUGAAGAUGAUGCCGGUAGCGUCUGCGAUUUCCACGAAUGUAAUCAACGACAGUUGGUGUUGUUAGCAUGUGAAGCAUGUAGCCGAAAUUAUUGUAUAAGUCACAAACAAAAAGAAGUUCAUCGAUGCUCAUUUCUGAAAUCAAAUCAAACAGAUAAAAUUCAAAUAAUCAAGACUAUUGAUUAUUCUUCUUUAAAUGCUAUUUCACACACGUUAACUCAAAGUAAACCGAAAGAAUGCAGCACUAAACCACUGAAUGAUCGUACUCGAGCUACAAAAUCUAAGCUUAUCCUUUUGAGAGCUAAAAUGGAAGCUUUGCCCGGUGGUAAACAUGCAAGAAACUUGCCAGAAUCAGAACGAUUUGUUUUACGCCUCUCAAUUAUGCCAGAUAUUGUUCCCAAUAAUUCUAUAAUCUCAGCGUAUUUCGGAAAGCGUUGGCCACUUGGUUGUGUGCUAGAUUAUGGUUGUGAACAGUUCCAUUUACCUCGAGAUAAAAAUUAUGGUUUAAUUCGUUUAUCGGAUGAGUUGGAUGCAGAUUAUCAAGUUGGUCGAUAUGAAAAUGAUACUGUUGCCAAUUCACUACUUGAUUUAAGUUGUACAAUUAAACAGCAUGUUCAUGAAAAUUGUUUCAUUGAAGGCGAAUUAUUGCAAGUUGUUUAUAUACCUCAAAUGUCAUCAUAGUUGUUAUUAUUAUUGAACUGUCUUUUGUAGUAUAUAUAUGCGCAUGUGUGCAUAGACACAGUGAAGUGCAUGUAAUGACGUGAUGGUAUGUGUAUUGCAUAUGGUGUACACAUUGUAAACCACCCUAAAGUUUCUUUUGAUUUUG